GGCCUCGCGGCAAUUCUCUGGCCAGUUUCAGGCUCGGCGCUGGACCGUGAAGCUCGCGAUCUCCCGCACGAAUCCGACAACGCGGUGGCGAUCGGUAAACCGAGGAUGUGAGAAGCUCGGUAACGAUUCCUCGGCUAAACACGGAAGGAUACUUAUUCCGAUUGGUUCCGUCUUAUCACGAGAGAGCGAUUUAACCUUCGCCAUCGUAGAAUUUUACAACUUUUACAAUAAAUUGCUGUUGAAUUUAAAUUGCGGAAAAUAUUAAUCCGAACUGUAUAGUCGAGAACAAAAAAAUAAAUAUAAAAGAAAGAAAGAAAGAGAAGAAAAUAAUCGACACGUACAAACGAAAUUGGUUUAACCAUUGACAAAUCGGUUCGAUCGAGAAGCUCGAUAAUAACGAUUCCCUGGUGAGAGAUCAAUCGCCGAUUGCGAUAAAUGCUCGAAGGAAUCGCGAUUUGCUCGAAAUGUUCAACGAAUGCCGUUUUAAAUUGAAUGGAAAUAAUCGUAAGAAGGAAUUUGCUUGGUGGCUCCCUUGAGGCACGACAAUUAAAACUAAGAGUUCACGUGUUUGAAAUAAAAGAGAUAGAAAAUUAAAAAAAGAAAAGAAAAUUAGCAAAAAAGAACAAAAUAAAGAAGUUAGAUAAAUUCCUAAGAUAAAAGAUGAUCUAUCAGUCGGGUCACCAAGCGCCAACAAUGUCGUCUACGAGAAAAACUUCGCCGAGGUUUCAGCAUCGCAAUCUCCAAUCGUCCUCGAAAUGCAUGAACUCCAAGAGGAAAGGGGAACUACCGGAGAGAGUUCACGGUGAGGAGAGGUGCAGAGGAAGAUGCAGAGUUCAGUGGAGCGAGAAACACGUGAAAGAGGGCUUGGUUCUCGUUCAGGAGACACAACUUGCCAGGGUGGUCAAAACCGGACCUAUUACCGAACACUAUGAGAUUGAUUCUAAACCUUUUGCUAGCGGACAAUGGGCAAGAGUAUAUCGAUGCAGAUCUCGCUCAACCGGUACGGUUUAUGCUGCCAAGUAUUCAUCCAGGAACAGAUUCAACGCUGAUUGCAGUGCCGAAUUAAGACACGAAAUCGCCCUGUUGUCUCUUUGCUCACAAUCGCCGCGGGUUGUUCGGUUGCAUGACGUAUACGAGACACCGAAGGAGAUUAUUAUGGUCAUGGAAUUUGCCCCAGGUGGCGACCUGCAGACUCUGAUCGACGGUGAUUUGGUGCCCCUCGAAGGUGACGUCGUCCACUUUGUGAGGCAACUAGUAGAAGGACUUGCCUACCUCCACGAAAGAAAUAUCGCCCAUUUGGACAUCAAGCCACAAAAUCUCGUGAUGAUGGGUACUUUCCCUGAAUGUGACGUGAAACUUUGCGACUUUGAGAUAUCAAGGGUCAUACUGGAAGGCACGGAAGUUCGUGAAAUUCUUGGGACGCCUGACUAUGUGGCGCCAGAAAUACUGCACUACGAACCGAUCACAUUGGCCGCCGAUAUGUGGUCUCUCGGUGUUACAACCUACGUAUUACUAACAGGUUUCUCCCCGUUCGGAGGCGACACCGAUCAAGAAACAUUUCAAAAUAUAUCCCUAGGUGAAGUUGAUUUCCCAGAAGAAUUGUUCGAGGAAGUUUCGGCGCAGGCAAAGGACUUCGUCGCUAAACUUUUAGUGCUAGACCCAAGAGCACGAAUGACAGCGAAGCAAUGUCUGCGUCAUGAAUGGUUACGCGGUGCCCCUACCCAAGCUUCACCACAUUUGAGACGAUAUUUAUCAAAAUCACGUGAAGUUCUUCUGGAACGUGUGGUGAGUCGUGAAAAUCUAAGAAGAGCAGCCCUUUUGAGCCAAACUACGAGUCAAGCAAAUCUCUUAUCUACGGAUAAUCACGAUCAAAAUCUUCAAGAUUGCGUACUAAGUCACAGCGAGAUUUGCCUGAGCGAUUGUAUGACUGCAAGCCAAUCGAGUCUCCCCGGAAGCGAAAGUUUUCCUAGUCCGUCUAACUCCCAAGUGAGUUUGAACUCGUCCCGAACGAGUCUCAGUUGCGCCAGCCAAAGUUGUCUGUUGAACAAGGAACAAACGCAGGGGUUGCUUAGUCGAGCGCAAAGCCGUUCCCAAGCUAAUUUAAAUCAUGCUGUUAGUCGUGGCCUUUUGUCCAGAAUACGUAGCCUUCAUCGUAUACAAUCGCAAACUUGUCUAUCAAACGGUACUUCGAAAACAACUGUAUCUCCUGUUCAACGUAUGAUCUCUUCAAUGCACCCUGUUAGCAAAUCGCGAGAAAAGUUGUAUGGUUUAAGAUCGCUUUCGAAAUCUCAGGGUGUACUUGACAUAUAUAGAAGUUUGGAAUGUCUCAGACGUAAGAGGAAACCCUAUGAAAGAGCCAAGACCGAAGAUGUUGUUCCUAUCAUAAAACGAAUCGAUGUUGAAGAAAUGUCGAGAAUUAAUGAUGAUCAAAAAACGUCGUGCGAGACUCGUAAUUCGAUAAACUCGGUAGAACGACGACAAACGAACAGAUCCCUUUUGGAGAAGCCAGUUGUAGACGAGAUCGUAGAUAACACGAAAGAGGAAAAGCCUUUGCAAAAACAACUGAUCUUAUCUGACUCGAUAGGCGCGGAAAAGACAUACGAUCGUUCGGAGAUGUCGAAAGAAUCCGACUCGAGGUCGGAGGAAAAUCUUGAUUCCUUGAAAUCUAUCGAAUCGGACACUCUGACGGAAGAAUCCGAUGAAAUUCCUUUGGAUCGUGAAAGAGGAUCGAACGACUUAUCCAUGGGAAAAUAUCCAUGUCAAAGACAACAUUCGAACGUCUCUAACCAUUCAAACAAUUCUGUAAUCUCGGAUGAUAAAGAAGAUCGUUCGAUCGAGUCAGAAACUGAGGAACCAAAAUAUACAGUUGCUCAAUUAGUUUCUGCUUUUAACAAACAUCAAGAGGUUGCUUCAAAAAGUAGUCUCGAAGCAAUUAUGAGCGAAAAAAGAAUCAACGAAGUUACGUUUCCAACUGGUACCAAGGCAUUGCGUCUUUUCAUACCUGACAUUGAUAUUACGGAAAGUACGAUAGUCAGACGAAAGACUAGUUACAAGCCUAGGAAAAAUUGGGAAGAAUUGAGAAAAAAAAAUGAAAAGAACGAGGGUGUCCUUAAGAAUUUUGAAAAUGAAUUUGAUAACGAUGACGAUGAUAAUCAACAAGAAAUAUCAAAGGAAGUAACACCCGAACAAAUAGCCGAUAAUAAGACUGAUAAAAGUGCUGAUAUUGUUAAUGAAAGGGAUAAUAAGAAACAGGAUGGUUUAGUUUUCAAAAAUUGGUCCUCGGAGGCUGAUUUUACGGAAAGUAUCGGUAUGGAAAAUAGUAUUGAUACUACCAUUGACGAAAAAUACAAGCAAUGCGUCAAAGUAGCUAAUAAAUUAAAAAACGAUAAGCAAGAAAAGCCAUCUUCGUUUGUCAAAACGAUUAAUCAAAAUCCGAUUCGUCAAAAGGAAAGAAUGCCUAAUUACAUUUAUCCGCAAUUAACGAAUCAUACGAAAGAAGAAAUACAAGAAUCUCCUUGCAACAAUAAAAUGACUUUUAAUACAAAUGUAAAAAUAGAUAAGAAAAAAUUAAACAAAUCGAUGCAAUUGAAUAAUAACGUUAAUGUUUCCAAUGUUAACUUAAAAGACAUACUUCAAAGGGUCGACAGUUUUCAAAGUACACCGAAAGAGAACAUGGAAAAUCUUCGAAAAAGAAUGUCGAUCGCUAAAAUCAUCGUCAAUGAUAAUUUGACGUUGCACGAUAAUGUAGAUUCGAUAGUCAACGUUAAUGAAAAAGAUAACAGAACGAAUAUUCGUGCCAAAAGUGAAUCACCCUCGAAUAGUUCUCAUAUCGAAGAAAGAAUCCAAUUGAUAGUACAACCUUCCUUUGUUAGGUCAUCUUCGUUGUCAAGUGACAGUAGUUGUCCUACACCAUCCAGUGGCCAAUCGGAUACAAAUGUUUCUUGGGAAGAUGUUAUAACGACACAGGGAUCAAACGUAUUUUUGGAUAAAACAGACAAUUAUAGAAAUCAAAGAAAAAAGGAAAUUGAUUUAAAUGAAAUGAAAGGCAAACAGAACACGGAAGAAAAGAGACUUUGGGGAAAGGAUUUAAGAUAAUCGUCUAAUAAUCCACGACUUGCAUAAAGAGAUGACAGUAGCAGCAACACUAUCAGUCAAAAGAAGGAAGAUCGAGAAAGGUAUUACAAAGCGUUCAUUUUUAUUUGAAACAUAUCGAAACAUGAACGAAAUAGUUUUGAAUUCGUUCAAGAUGGAUGAUGGAUUUCUCGUCAACGACGUCCCUAGUCGAUUAUUUCGCGGCACCACGAAGGCAAUUGAUCGUGAUUUAUCAUCUCGAGCUUAUCCUUGGUAUAAUCUCCAUAUCUAGCUAACACGAAGAGCUAUUUUUUUUCCUUUUUUUUUUCUUUUUUCUUAAUAAAGCACCUACUAGCAUCGGCAUCGUUCGCCGCUUUGUCGGAACUUGGAGGACGUUACACGAGAAGAGAGAUUGGUAGAUAUAUUUUUGCGAGAUUCCAUUUACGGGGAAAAAUUACGAUCUUAUGAAAAUCGUAUAAUUAUUAGGAAAAUCUAUUAAAAUUUCUACAACAUCGAAUUACGCAGUAUUUCCUCGAUUACAUACGAAAGAUCGAUCCCCCCUCCUUUUACCACAAGGCAGCAGAAAAUUCAUUGCUCCAGAUUGAAACGGAAUAUAUUCUAGAUACGUAUGUGUAUAUAGUUAAGGUGUUUCAGUAAAGAAUGGAUUAUUGAGAAAACUGUGACUAGGUGAUCAUGGUCAUAAGUCCUUAUUGGAAUAAUUACGAGAUGAUUCAUUCUAAGCAAAUGGAGGGUCGAAUGUGCACGUGUUUGGGAAGACGUAAAUGCAACCUAUGCAAGUUUUUACAUAAGAAAGUAACUAUGCGAUUGUUACGAAAAUUUCUAAUAUACUUGAUAUAAGGUAUUUUGAAAAUUUAUUAUUAUAAUUAUAAUAAUUUGAUUAAAAACAAUACGUAUUCAAGCGUUAAAAUAUGUUAUUCCACAAUAUAGGUGUUUUAUUAAUACCUUGCUAUAUCACAGCUAAUGAAUUUUGAUCUUUUUUUAUUUCAUUAUCACAAGAAUCAAAAUAUUUUAACGAUUGUUAAGUAUUUGUAUCGCAUGAAUAGUGCUAUAAAUGAUUAUCUAAACUUCGUAUGCAAAAUAAAUACGCUUUUUAUCAAACAUGUAAGCAUGUAAAUCAAAAAUCAUAUUGAAAUAUCAAAUAAAUCGCAUAUGUUAUAA